AUGCUGAGCCAGGGCGGCUACCUAGAUCUAAAGCUUGAAAACAUCAUGGUCUCAUUCGAGGAUCCAACCGUACUUGCUGAUUUCAUGGAUUCUCAGCUUGAAAAGCCGAUGGCUUUCAAGAUUGAUUCGACGGGACGAACAGUGUACCAGUCCCGUAAUGACUUCGGGCCACUCAAAAGCCUGAGAAGUAUACCACAGCUUGUCGACUUUGGUUUGGCAACCAGGCUCGAGGAAGACGACGACUGGGGCGUCUGGCCUAUCCAGCCAGACCACUAUCGGGCGCCAGAGGUGAUACUGGGUAAUGGAUGGCAAAUGCCUACGGAUAUUUGGAAUCUUGGUGUUCUGUUGUGGGAUAUGAUCGACAGCAAAGAGCUAUUUCGGCGUAUCCAUGAUCAAGGAGGUAGUUACGAUGCUAAACUACACCUCGCCGAAAUGAUCGCCUUACUAGGCCCACCCCCUCCAGAGAUCAUACAAAGGUAUCAAUACAUGCGAGAGUACUCGUGGCCGCAACCUGUCAGACGAGAAGAUGACAUAGUAUGCGAGACCGCGGAGGAGUACUUCUGUGGGCCAUUCUUUGACAAUAAUGGUCGCUUUCUCUACGAAGAUCUGAUCCCCGACCGGAAUCUAGGUGGCACAGUUUCCUUCCUUGAGGGAGAGGAGAGGGAAGCGUUUCUAGAUCUCGCCAAGGGAAUGCUUGCCUGGCAUCCAGAUGUCCUCUAUAUAGCCUUCUUGUCUCCUCUGCGGCGCGUUCCAGGGCCAUUCUACACGUCUCUGACUAGGUUACCUCUCAAAUCCGCAAGCCUCACGGGGAAUCGCAUUUAUUUCGUGCACGAACUGCAUCGGAAAUAUGGUCCAAUUGUCCGCGUUGCCCCGGACGAGGUUGACAUAUCAUCACUUGCUGAAUUCAGGGAAAUUCAUCGCGCCGGGACUCCAUUUUUGAAGUCGAAAUGGUACGAAAAGUUUGUUCCCUCGAAAAGAUCUGGAGUUUUUACAAUGAGGGACCCUAAACAACAUGCUGCGCGGAGAAAACUGUUUGCACGUCCGUUUUCCAAAUCAGAGCUGCGUCGAACCUGGGAGCCAGCUGUCAAGGAGAAAGUUCAAUUGGCAGUCUCUCAGAUCCGGUUGGAGUUAAAGACAGACGGGAAAUCUGACUUGCUCAAAUGGUGGACGUUCCUUGCCACGGAUGUGAGCGGUCAUUUGAUGUUCGGGGAGUCGUUUGACAUGCUUCGGGUUGGGAAAAAAAAUCAAUACAUACAUGUGUUGGAAUCGACCAUGAUGGGCUCUGGAAUCGGGGCGGAGCUUCCGUUACUGGCGUGGCUCGGUCGUCACAUUCCUCUUUCAUCGUUCCGGAACAUGUUCCGUGCAACUGACUACCUUUUCCAGUAUGGACAGCGGGCGAUAACGAAUAGCCGGACGACUAGUAAUGCAAGUCGUAACAUCUUUGCUGGCAUGCUGCAUGAGUCAGAGAAGGGCGACGGCAUGAUUACCGAUGAAGAGGUGGUGUUGGAGGCCGGGAAUCUUAUCGUGGCCGGCUCAGAUACUACCGCAAUCACUCUAACGUACCUCGUCUGGGCAGUGCUCUCGCAGCCGAACCUGCAACGCGAACUAGAAGAAGAAGUCAAUAGCCUCAGCGCCGAUUUCAAUGACGCUGCGUUGGAGGAGUUACCGCUGCUUAAUGCAGUCAUCAUGGAAGCAUUGAGGCUUUACGGGGCAGCGCCGGGGGCGUUACCUCGAGAGACACCUAAAGGUGGAGCGACGUUCUGUGGCUACUUCAUCCCCCAAGGAAUGACUGUGAGCACCCAGGCCUAUUCAAUCCACCGGGACGGGGGUGUCUAUCCGGAUCCCGAGAGGUUUGAUGUUAGCCGCUGGCUCACAACGGUGACGAGCGCUUCUGAGCUUGCCAAGAAGGCCUUUUCGCCGUUUGGUGCUGGGGGUAGAAUCUGUCUUGGGAUACAUUUGGCUUGGAUGGAACUGCGACUGGCGACGGCUCAAUUCUUCCGAGAGUGGGCAGGCCUGCGCAGUGUGGAAAUGCCCUUUGCGGAAAUCGACUCAAUAUUUGACUCCAUCUUUAGCUCACAUUUAGACGAAAUUAACCCCGACUCUAAUUCAAAGUCGGUAUCCAACCCCGUACGACUCUACGGCAGUAAUGAAGAUAUACUUGACGCGUAUUACGUUUUUAUUCAUCCUUAUUUCCCAAUCUUGCCCCCGUCUGAACGUCAGCCGGUGUCUAGCCGUCCAUUAGCUAAAGGCCCUCCUACAUUUGAACCGACGAGCCCUCUUAGCCUGGCUAUUUCAGCCAUUCUGUCUCUGAUACCCCACCCAAACGAAAGAAAGCCCAAGACGACGGAGUGUUUGAAGAGACGAAGGGAAUAUGCACAUUGCUUUGCACAAACGGCCCUUGGUGUCAUUGAAAGAGACUAUGAACUGCUCAGUAUGAGCCAGGAUUCCCAGACUGGUCUAGCUGACACUGUCAAAGCCUUUGAACGAGUACCGUUUCAUCCAAAGCUGGAAAUACCCCUGGAGGGCGUUGUGACGUUGUCUAUGCUUAGUAUUUAUGAGUAUGCACAACGGGGGAACAUUGAUGACAUGCUUCAACGGGCCAACCAGGCGCUUGCACUGGCCAUGAGUAUGGCCCUGCACGAGGCGGUAGAGGAAGAACAGUAUGCAGACUCAAAACGGAGGGUUUGGUGGAUGACGGUGGGUCUCUAUGAUACAUUCAUUGUCUGGUCGUUGCUGAUCUUGAACCAGUAUAUGAUGGCAUGUCAAGCAUCGGCUAUUAGCGGAACGCCUCCAGCCUUUGAUCUCUAUGAUCCAUGGUUUGUAACUCCGUACCCGGAAGGGUGGAAACUUGUCGUCGAGGCCCAACAGGUUCUUGUCGAAUCUGCCGGAUUCGCCAGUGACCUUGAUAAGACGAUGCAUGAAGCUGAUGACACAUCGUGGGUUUCCAAACGCAUGAAGGAGCUUGACAGGCAAAUAUCGUCUCUGUUAUUCAGCAGUCGAGAUGCUCCUCUAGUCUCUCAGAUGGCUCCACAUCCUGAAUCCAUUGAAUGCAUGACGUCGAAGACCAUGCGGGAUUUCGCAGAGAUCAAGCUACACACGGCACGGAUCAAACUGCAUCGACUCUGCGCUUUCCAAGAUAUUCUAUCUGGUUCUAUACGACAUCCAGAGGUAUCCAUACCUACGGACAGUAAUUCUCGGAUGGAUAUGCCGUUAGAAAUUAGCAGCGACCUUAGCCUGGUUGAAGACUUCUCGCUGAUGUCCCAGAUUCACACACUUCAGAUGCCGUUUUCCAGCGAAGAGUCAUCAAAGGCCUGCCUGCAUGCAGCCCUCAACAUUGUCACGUUGCUCGAUAACCUUCUCUACCCGAAUCAUACCAGCGACAUCCUAGCUAAUACACAAUACGCCCGCGGGGGGUGUGGCAAUGAACUGCCUCGAACCAUGCCAACAGUGGUAUGCUGCGGAGUGCAAUCCAGCUAUGCAAUGCUGAUGCUGGGUCUCAAAGCGCGGGCUAUCCAACAUACCGCGCCUGACGACAUCAAUGCUCUGGAUACCACCUCUUUAUCCGACUUCCGGAACGAGCUAUAUCACAACUUACGGCUGAUAGUCAAGUUCUUAGAAAAUUACUCUAUUGCAUUCGAGGCUAUACAAGGAAUAAGUGAUAAAUUAAAUCAGGCCAUAGACCGAGAGUUCUUGGCGUAG